AUGUUGUGGAUGGCCUUCAACUAUUUCAGCGUACCAAACCACAUCACAGGACUGGUCAAGACGUACUUUCAGGAUUUACAGUUUUGUGUGACAGCUGAGAAUGCCGCUACAGCCUGGGAGCACCUGGAAAUUGGAGAUUUCCGCUCUGGCAUUUAUCAUGGCAAUGGAGUUGGUCCUGAGGGCAUCCUGGGAAAGGAUGGUGCUGGGCUGUUUUUACGGCUGGGUGUGGCUACAGGCAUGAAACAGCUUUUGAAAGAGCAUGUUGUUAUUGCAGGACUUAAAGCAAGCACGCCCAGCUUCAUCAAGUCCCCCGAGGAUCAAACGGGGAUUUCGGGAGGAGUGGCGUCGUUCGUAUGCCAGGCGGUCGGUGAGCCCAAGCCUCGCAUUACCUGGAUGAAAAAGGGAAAGAAAGUCAGCUCCCAGCGCUUUGAGGUGAUUGAGUUUGACGACGGCUCAGGCUCAGUGCUGCGUAUCCAGCCGCUGAGGACCCACCGCGAUGAGGCCAUCUAUGAAUGCACCGCCACCAACAGCGUGGGAGAGAUCAACACCAGCGCCAAGCUCACUGUCUUAGAGGAGGACCAGAUACCACACGGCUUCCCCACCAUAGACAUGGGCCCCCAGCUGAAGGUUGUGGAAAGAACGCGUACGGCUACAAUGCUGUGUGCAGCCAGCGGAAACCCCGAUCCAGAGAUCUACUGGUUCAAAGAUUUCCUGCCUGUGGAUAUUAGUAGCAGCAAUGGGCGCAUUAAGCAGCUGCGAUCAGGUGGUACACCAAUAAGAGGAGCGCUUCAGAUUGAAAACAGCGAGGAGUCGGACCAGGGCAAAUAUGAGUGUGUGGCUGUCAACAGCGCCGGGACUCGUUAUUCGGCUCCGGCUAACCUUUAUGUUCGAGAUCAACGGGAAGUUCGCCGUGUGCCGCCCCGUUUCUCCAUCCCCCCCACCAAUCAUGAGGUGAUGCCUGGAGGCAGCGUCAACCUGACCUGCGUCGCAGUCGGCGCUCCCAUGCCUUACGUCAAGUGGAUAAGUGGUGAAGUGGAGCUGACCCGGGAGGAUGAGAUGCCCAUUGGCCGCAAUGUUCUGGAGCUCACCAACAUCCGCCAAUCUGCCAAUUACACCUGUGUGGCCAUAUCCUCCCUGGGCAUGAUCGAGACUACAGCUCAGAUCACAGUCAAGGCUCUUCCCAAGAUGCCCACUUCCCUCACUGUGACAGAAACCACGGCUACCAGCGUCACCCUGACUUGGGACUCCGGCAACCCAGAACCUGUGUCCUACUAUGUUAUUCAGUAUCGUGCCAAAUUGUCUGAGAACGGUUUCCAGGAAGUAGAUGGUGUCGCCACAACCCGCUACAGCAUUGGUGGCCUCAGCCCCUUCUCUGAAUACGAGUUUCGUGUCAUGGCUGUGAACAACGUUGGCCGGGGUCCUCCCAGCAGCAUCGUGGACACCCGUACAAGUGAGCAAGCACCCUCAUCACCACCUCUUCAUGUCCAGGCACGCAUGCUGAGCUCCAGCACCAUGCUGGUCCAGUGGGAGCCUCCCGAAGAGCCCAAUGGCCAAAUCCGGGGCUAUCGGGUCUACUACAGCGCAGAUCACGAUGCCCCGCUCAGCGCCUGGCAGAAGCACAACACAGAUGACAGCCAUUUCACCACCAUCUCAGGCCUGGCAACAGAUAUCACCUACAGCCUGAGGGUGCUGGGCUUCACCUCAGUGGGAGAUGGGCCUCCGUCUGACACUCUACAGAUCAAAACCAGGCAGGGAGUUCCAGCUCAGCCGUCUGACUUUGACGGUGAGGCUGAGCUAGACUCACGCAUCAUGCUGUCAUGGCUUUGGCCUGUCCAGGAACCCAUCAUUAGCUUUGAACUGGUGUACUGGGAAGCCAACAAUCCCACAGACAAGCACCGCGUCACUUUCGAUGCAGCAGGCUCCUAUGCAGUCGAUGGUCUGAAGCCAGACACGCUGUACGUCUUCUCCCUGGCAGCCCGAUCUGAGAUGGGCUUAGGCGUCUUCACUCAGCCUAUUGAAUGCAGGACAGCUCAGUCCACCCCAUCAGCCCCACCCCAGGAAGUACAUUUGCUCAGCCUCAGUUCCACCAGCGUCGAGGUGAGGUGGGUGGCCCCGCCCACAGACAGCCAGCACGGUGAGAUUGUUGGCUACUCCCUGGCCUACCAAGCACUCACGGGAGAGGACCAGAAACGCCACCAGGUGUCAGGGAUUGGUCCUGAUAUCACCAGCUACAUUUUGGAGGACCUGGAGAAGUGGACGGAGUAUUUGGUGUGGGUGAGGGCUCACACAGAUGUUGGGCCAGGUCCAGAGAGCUCUGCAGCUAAAGUCAGAACCAAGGAAGAUGUGCCUGGAGCUCCUCCCAGGAAGGUGGAGGUAGAGGCCCUGAACUCUACUGCCCUCAGGGUGAGCUGGAAGCCCCCGCUGUCCGUGAAGCAGCAUGGGCAGAUCAGAGGAUACCAGCUGGUUUACUCCAGGCUAGAGAACGGGGAGCCCCACGGCCAGCCGGUCAUCCUGGAUGUUAACCUCCCUGAAGCUCAGGAGGCCUUAAUAGCAGGUCUGCUCCCAGAAACAACCUAUUCUGUGACUGUGGCUGCAUAUACUACCAAGGGUGACGGAGCUCGCAGCAAGGCCAAGGUGGCCACCACCACAGGAGCAGUUCCUGGAAAGCCCACUAUGAUGAUCAGCACCACCAUCGGGAACACCGCUCUAAUCCAGUGGCAGCCCCCUAAAGAAAUGGUUGGGGAGCACAUGGGAUACCAGCUGCAGUACAAGAGAGCAGAGGAGGAAGCUUUCACCAUUAAACACUUCAAGAAGACAGAUGAUCAUUUCACAGUCACCGGCCUCCACAAGGGUGCCGUGUACAUCUUCAAACUGUGUGCCAAAAACAGAGCAGGGAACGGGGAGGAGUAUGUAAAAGAGAUCAGCACCCCUGAGGACAUUCCCAGCAGCUACCCACAAAACCUGAGCGUGGUCGGCCUUACUGCAACUUCCACCAAACUGGCCUGGGACCCGCCUCCUCUGGCUGAAAGAAAUGGGAAGAUUGUGAAGUAUGUGGUGAUGUACCGAGACAUUAACAGCCCGAACAACAGCACCAACGUUACCACAGAUACACAGAUGACCGUCUACGGUUUGCAGCCUGACACAACCUAUGACAUAAGAGUCCAAGCUUUCACCAGCAAGGGUGGAGGACCUAUCAGCCCCAGCAUCCAGAGCAGGACCAUGUCCACCUCCAUGCCAGAUCUUCCCUCAGUGUUUACCAAGAACUUUGGUGUGAAGGCUGUGACAAAGACCUCGGUCCUGCUGACCUGGGAAGUGCCAGAAACAUACAAAUCUCAAGUGCCUGUCAAGAUUCUGUACAACCAGCAGAGUGUGGAGGUUCAAGGCAACUUGAAAAGGAAGCUGAUCACACAGCUGCAGCCAGACACUGAUUAUUCGUUUGUGCUAAUGAGCCGAGGGAAUAGUGCUGGCGGCCUCCAGCAGCAGGUCUCCAUCCGAACGGCUCCGGACCUUCUGACGGUGAAACCAGCUCAACACCAUAUAGAUGUGGAGGAAGGUGGUAAAGUGACUAUCAGCCUGCCGAAGGUCCCGGACGCAGCGGCUGUCAGGUGGUACUACAUAGUGGUUGUCCCUGUCACUCCAGUUUCUCUGAGGAGAUGGGAAAACCCUGAAGACAUGGACAUACAAGAGCUUCUGGAGUCCGGUGCUGACAGCAGCCUGCAGAGAAGGAAAAGGCAGAGCAAUGACUUCCUGCAGCCCUACAUCGCCGCCAAGCUGGAUACGCUCCCUGAGAUCUUCACUCUGGGUGAUGAAAAGAAAUACAGCGGCUUCUACAACAAACCGCUCCCUGGACAGCAGCAGUACCGCUGCUUCGUUUUGGCUGACCUGACGGACCACGAGUCUCAGAGGACAUUUGCAGCCAGCCCUUUCUCUGAUCCCUUCACGGUGAAGAUCAGUGGGGUUAUUCGACAACCACAAGAAGACCCAGAGAUGCUGUGGGUGAUGGGUCCGGUGCUGGCAGUCAUUCUGAUUAUCAUUAUAGUCAUCGCUAUUUUACUCUUCAAAAGCAAACAAGAAAGGAAACGAACGUCUCCAGCCAAGGAUGAGCACAUGGCAGGAGUGAAGGACUCGCUGCUGGCCCACUCGUCAGAUCCUGUGGAGAUGAGGAGACUCAACUAUCAGACACAAGGUUCCAGUGUCCUCAGUUGCCCGAAUACUCCAAGGAUGAGGGAACAUCCUCCCAUCGCUGUUUGUGACCUGGCCGACCACAUUGAGAGACUCAAGGCCAACGAUGGUCUGCACUUCUCUCAGGAGUACGAGUCUAUUGAUCCAGGACAGCAGUUCACCUGGGAGCACUCCAACCUGGAGGUCAACAAGCCAAAGAACCGUUAUGCAAAUGUUAUUGCUUACGACCACUCCAGGGUCAUCCUCACACCCGUGGACGGAGUUCCAGGUAGUGACUAUAUAAAUGCCAACUACAUUGACGGGUACAGGAAACAGAACGCUUACAUCGCUACCCAGGGUCCGCUGCCAGAGACGCUAAGUGACUUCUGGAGGAUGGUAUGGGAGCAGAGGACAUGCACCAUCGUUAUGAUGACUCGCCUGGAGGAGAAGUCACGGGUGAAAUGUGACCAGUAUUGGCCCAGUCGAGGCACGGAGACGUACGGGAUGAUUCAAGUGACCAUGUUGGACACGCUGGAGCUGGCUACGUACAGUGUGAGAACGUUUGCCCUCUAUAAGAAUGGCUCCAGUGAAAAAAGAGAAGUUCGACAGUUCCAGUUUCUGGCUUGGCCGGACCAUGGAGUGCCUGAGUAUCCGACCCCAACACUGGCCUUUCUACGCAGAAUCAAGUCCUGCAAUCCUCAAGAUGCCGGACCCAUGGUGGUUCACUGCAGUGCCGGUGUGGGCCGGACGGGCUGCUUUAUUGUGAUUGACGCCAUGUUGGAGAGGAUGAAACACGAGAAGUCGGUGGACAUAUACGGUCAUGUGACGUGCAUGCGAGCUCAAAGGAACUACAUGGUGCAGACAGAGGAUCAGUACAUAUUCGUCCAUGAGGCCCUGCUGGAAGCUGCAGUCUGUGGCAACACAGAAGUCCCUGCCCGCAACCUGUACGCCCACAUCCAGAAGCUCACCCAGGUGCCCGCUGGAGAGGCGGUGACAGCUAUGGAACUGGAGUUUAAGAAACUGGCCAACUCUAAAGCACAUACCUCAAGAUUCAUCAGUGCCAACCUGCCGUGCAACAAAUUCAAGAACCGCCUGGUGAACAUCAUGCCUUUCGAGUCUACUCGCGUCUGCCUGCAGCCAAUCAGAGGGGUGGAGGGCUCUGACUACAUCAAUGCCAGCUUCAUCGACGGGUACAGGCAGCAGAAAGCCUACAUGGCCACCCAGGGCCCGUUAGCCGAGACCACAGAGGACUUCUGGAGAAUGCUGUGGGAGCACAACUCCACCAUCGUAGUGAUGCUCACUAAACUCCGAGAGAUGGGACGGGAAAAGUGCCAUCAGUACUGGCCUGCUGAGCGCUCUGCACGUUACCAGUACUUUGUUGUGGACCCGAUGGCCGAGUACAACAUGCCUCAGUACAUCCUCCGAGAGUUCAAAGUCACUGAUGCCCGGGAUGGUCAAUCGAGGACCAUCAGGCAGUUUCAGUUCACGGAUUGGCCAGAGCAAGGAGUGCCAAAAACCGGGGAGGGAUUCAUUGACUUCAUUGGCCAAGUGCAUAAAACUAAAGAGCAAUUCGGACAAGAUGGACCCAUCACUGUUCAUUGCAGUGCUGGUGUUGGGAGGACUGGUGUGUUUAUUACUCUGAGCAUCGUUCUGGAAAGGAUGAGGUAUGAAGGAGUGGUCGACCUCUUCCAGACCGUCAAGACUCUCCGAACUCAGAGACCGGCUAUGGUGCAGACAGAGGAUCAGUACCAGCUGUGCUACCGGGCUGCUCUGGAGUACCUGGGAAGCUUUGAUCACUAUGCAACAUAACCCUGCCCAGAAAGAAGCCCUCAGAGGAGAUCUGUGUCUCUUCUGAGCCACAUCCACUCUGCUCCAUUGGCCCCUGCAGGCUGAUGAGGAGGCUCUGAAGAGGACUGAUGAGGAGAUGACCACAGCAGGAAUCAGGAGAGAUUAAUGGAAAGAGGAGAGGUGAUGUGAUGACCUCCCCCUCCUGGACUGGUGCCAUGAUUCUGCCACAGACCCCACACAAAAACCUCCCAAAAAACAACCCUGAAAGACUCGUACUGUACUCAUGCCUCAUUCUGAUCCCUGCGACUCCCCAAUUUCUGCCUCCUCAAAAUAGCAAAAACUAUUUUUCUGCUACUUUCAUUUAUAUCCAUCAUUACUAUGUUGUUAGCCAUUAUUAGAGUUUAUUUUGUGAUCACUUACAUUGGUUACUAUAUGUCUUAAUGGGUCUUUUCUUAAUUUGCUUCUCUUAUUUUUCUUAAUUUUUAAUAGAGGACAUGUAUUUUCAACAUGAUCCAAGUCAUUAAUACUGGACGCCGUAUAUUCACAGCUGCUAAUGAUUUUUUUAUUUUAUACCACAGAUAUGAUAUUCUAAUGUUUAUCGUUAUUCGGUUGGUCUUAUUUAGAGGGAAACUUGGAGAGUGAUGAUCUCUACUAGACAGAUCAACUGAGCAAAUAAGGUUUGUGACCUGCAGUAUGAAAUACAUCACAGCUAUAAAUUUGCAAAGACUCAUCACAUCUGAAGAACUGCAAGCAUGUACAGAGUUUUUUGUCAUUAAAUAAUGUUCUCAGAGUCUUCGGAGAUCUGGAGGCUUUCAGCAAAAGAAUAAUGAAGCAGUUGGAAAAGUUGUGGACUCAGGUAGACUAACACAGAUGGCCUGUUCAUGAGUGUUUUUGUGAAAUAAGUGUGACGUCAAAUGCAGAGCUCGUGCUCCACACGUAAAAAAUGAAAUUCUGACACCUGGAGAAAAAAAAGAAUAAAACCCCAACAUCAGAAGAUCCUCUGUGAGCAACAUUAGUGACAGUGAGGACAAAAAACUACCUUUUAACAGGAAGAGACCUCUCACAGAGCCAGGCUCAGAAAGGAGCAGCCAUACACAACUGUCCAUUGGAGGAAUGAGGGGAAAUAGAAGCGAAAAAAGGGAUCGUGAAAAUGAACAACAGACAAUAUUCUGGGAUGAAUUUUAAUCAGAUUGGUUUUGUUGCUUCUCCUUGAAGGAUUAACUUCACUCUUUAUUUCUGUUAUUGUCAGCAAAUGCCAUAAAAAACCCAACAGCACAAGUUACACACUGCAGUGUAGGGAAACACAGUCAGGACCUCUGGUAGACUUUCUUUGCUUAGCUGUGAUCAGCUCAAAUGUGCUGCUGCUGCGACGCCAGUACUCGCUGCUCUUUGUGGAUUUACACAACUGAAUUCAAAACGAUAUCAGGUGAUGUUACAUGAACCCA